AUGUCUUCACUAAGAGUGACGGAUGCGUGUCCCUAUGGGUACAGGCCAUAUCCAGAUAACACCACUAAUGCAUUAAAUCCGUGCUUCUUAUCCAUAGUAUCAGCAUGGUUAGCAGUCUUUUUCCUAUUGAUUGGGAGCUGUCAAUUGUGGAAACUUUAUAAGAACGAGAGAGUACCAACCAGGUUUAAGGACUUUCCCAUUUUUUUAAGCAAAAUCAGCAGUCGACACCUAAUGCAUUUGACCAAUGUUGGCUUCCAAUGUACGCUUAUAAUCUGCCAAUUGGCUUUAGUCGCUCAAUCAAGUGAUAGGGUUUAUCCAUCCAUACUGAAAAAGGCUCUGUGCUUGAAUCUUCUUUUCAAUUUGGGUAUUUCUCUUCCUACUCAAUAUUUGAUGUAUUUCAAAAGUACAUAUUCGAUGGGCAACCAGCUUUUCUAUUAUUUGUUUCAAAUUUUUUUACAACUCUUCCUAAUAGUGCAAAGAUAUUAUCAUAGUUCAAGUAAUAAAAAGCUCACCAUGAUUAGUGGACAAACUGCUAUGAUUUUGGAGCUCCUCCUUCUUUUCAAUUCUGUGGCAAUUUUUGUAUAUGACCUGUGUUUUUUUGAGCCAGUUAACGAAUUAAUUGAAUACUAUAAAGAAAAUGGUUGGUACCCCCCCGUUCAUGUAUUAUCUUACAUUACCUUCAUCUGGAUGAACAAGUUAAUCGUCGAUACCUACCGUAAUAAGAAAAUCAAAGAUCCCAAUAAAUUGCCUUUACCGCCAGUGGAUUUGAAUAUUCGGUCAAUAAGUAAGGAACUUAAGGGUAAUUGGGAACUGGAAAAGUGGUUGAAUAGAAACUCUCUUUGGAGAGCUAUUUGGAAGUCAUUUGGUAGGGCUAUUUCAAUUGCUAUGCUGUAUGAAACUACAUCUGAUCUACUUUCUGUGGUGCAACCACAGUUCUUACGUAUAUUCAUAGACAGCUUCAAUCCAGAAACAUCCUCUAAAUACCCCCCUUUAAAUGGUGUAUUUAUUGCUCUUACCCUUUUUGUGAUCAGCGUCGUUUCUGUGUUUCUUACCAAUCAAUUUUAUAUCGGAAUUUUCGAGGCUGGUUUAGGCAUAAGAGGUUCUCUAGCUUCUUUAGUAUACCAGAAGUCUUUAAGAUUGACACUCGCAGAGCGUAAUAACAAAUCUACCGGGGACAUCCUAAAUUUGAUGUCUGUGGAUGUAUUAAGAAUCCAGAGAUUUUUCGAAAAUGCCCAAACUAUUAUUGGCGCUCCGAUUCAGGUGAUUGUAGUUUUAACUUCCCUUUACUGGUUGUUAGGAAAGGCUGUUAUUGGGGGAUUAAUUACUAUGGCCAUUAUGAUGCCCAUCAACGCUUUCUUAUCAAGAAAGGUAAAAAAGUUAUCGAAGACUCAGAUGAGAUAUAAAGACAUGAGGAUUAAGACAAUAACGGAACUUUUGAAUGCUAUAAAAUCUAUUAAGCUGUACGCUUGGGAGGAACCUAUGAUGAAAAGAUUAAAUCAUGUUCGAAAUGACAUGGAACUAAAAAAUUUUCGGAAAAUUGGUAUCGUGAGUAAUUUAAUAUAUUUUGCCUGGAACUGUGUUCCCUUAAUGGUGGCGUGCUCGACUUUUGGCUUAUUUUCUUUAUUUAAUGAUUCACCAUUAUCUCCUGCCAUUGUUUUCCCUUCAUUAUCCUUAUUUAAUAUCCUCAACAGUGCCAUCUAUUCCGUUCCAUCCAUGAUAAAUACUAUUAUAGAAACGAGUGUUUCUAUGAAAAGACUUAAGUCAUUUUUACUUAGUGAUGAAAUCGAUGAUUCAUUUAUUGAACGUAUUGAUCCUUCAGUCGACGAAAGAACGUUACCUGUUAUAGAGAUGAAUAACAUCACAUUUUUAUGGAAAUCAAAGGAAGCGCUAGCCUCUAGUCAACUUGAAAAUAAUUCGAGGGCAGAUGAGGAAUCUGCUAUGGGAUCUUCACAAAUUGCAUUGAAGAAUAUUGAUCAUUUUGAAGCGAAAAGGGGUAAUUUAGUCUGUAUCGUUGGUCGGGUAGGAGCAGGUAAAUCAACAUUUUUGAAGGCAAUUCUUGGUCAGCUUCCCUGCAUGAGCGGUUCUAAAGAGUCAAUACCACCUAAACUAAUCAUUAGAUCAUCUUCUCUGGCGUACUGUUCACAAGAAUCAUGGAUAAUGAACGCAUCUGUCAAAGAGAAUAUUCUAUUCGGUCACAAAUUCGACAAGGCUUAUUAUGACCUUACGAUUAAAGCAUGUCAGUUGCUACCCGAUUUGAGAAUUCUACCGGAUGGUGAUGAAACUCUAGUAGGUGAAAAAGGUAUUUCUUUAUCUGGUGGUCAAAAGGCCCGUCUAUCACUAGCCAGAGCUGUGUAUUCAAGAGCAGACAUUUAUCUGCUGGAUGACAUCUUAUCUGCCGUCGAUGCAGAAGUUAGUAAAAAUAUUAUUGAAUAUGUUUUGAUCGGAAAGAAAGCACUAUUGAAAAACAAGACAAUUAUUUUAACUACUAAUACUGUAUCAAUUUUGAAACAUUCACAGAUGAUAUAUGCUCUCGAAAAUGGGGAAAUUGUUGAGCAAGGAAAUUAUGAUAGCGUAAUGAACCGUGAAAAUAGCACCUCAAAAUUAAAGAAGCUAUUAGAAGAGUUUGAUUCUCCCAUUGAUAAGGGAAAUGAAAACGACACGCAUACUGGACACCGAUCCGAAAGUGAUAUUGAUGAGCCAUUACAACUUAAAGUCGUUGAAUCUGAAACUGAGGAUGAGGUUAUCACUGAUAGUGAAUUGGAAUUGAUUAAAACUAAAUCUAGAAGAGCCUCUCUCGCUACACUAAGACCUAGGCCCUUUGUCGGAGCACAAUUGGAUUCCGCUAAAAAGACAGCGCAGGAGGCUGAGAAAACCGAGGUUGGUAGAGUCAAGACAAAAGUCUAUCUUGCAUAUAUCAAAGCAUGUGGAGUUCUAGGUGUAGUUUUAUUCUUUUUGUUUAUGAUUUUAACAAGGGUUUUCGACCUAGCAGAGAAUUUUUGGUUAAAGUAUUGGUCAGAGUCCAACGAAAGGAAUGGUUCGAACGAAAGGGUUUGGAUGUUUGUUGGUGUAUAUUCCUUAAUUGGGGUAGGAUCGGCCGCAUUCAAUAAUCUAAGGAGCAUUAUGAUGUUAUUGUAUUGUUCUAUUAGGGGCUCUAAGAAACUUCAUGAAAGUAUGGCAAAAUCUGUAAUCAAAAGCCCUAUGAUUUUUUUUGAGACUACUCCUGUUGGAAGAAUUAUAAACAGAUUUUCAUCUGAUAUGGAUGCAGUAGAUAGUAGUCUACAGUAUAUCUUCUCUUUUUUCUUCAAGUCAAUACUCACCUAUUUGGUUACUGUUAUACUGGUUGGAUACAACAUGCCAUGGUUUUUAGUGUUCAAUAUGUUCUUGUUGGGAAUUUAUAUUUACUACCAAACAUUUUACAUUGUGCUGUCGAGAGAGUUAAAAAGAUUAAUCAGUAUAUCUUACUCCCCAAUUAUGUCGCUAAUGAGUGAGAGCUUGAACGGUUAUUCUAUUAUUGAUGCGUACGACCAUUUUGAGAGAUUCAUCUAUCUAAACUAUGAAAAAAUUCAAUAUAAUAUCGAUUUCGUCUUUAACUUUAGGUCAACGAAUAGGUGGUUGUCCGUCAGAUUACAAACUAUCGGUGCUACGAUUGUUUUAGCUACUGCAAUGCUGACAUUAGCGACGAUGAAUACCAAGAAGCAACUAAGUUCAGGUAUGGUUGGUUUGUUGAUGAGCUACUCAUUAGAGGUCACAGGUUCAUUGACUUGGAUCGUGAGGACUACUGUAAUGAUUGAAACCAACAUCGUAUCAGUGGAAAGAAUCGUUGAGUAUUGCGAAUUACCAUCUGAAGCCCAAUCCAUUAAUCCUGAAAAAAGGCCGGAUAAAAACUGGCCAUCGAGAGGUAGUAUUGAAUUUAAAGAUUAUUCUACGAAAUACAGAGAAAAUUUGGAUCCAGUGCUAAAAGAUAUUAAUGUGAAGAUUGAACCCUGUGAAAAGGUUGGUAUUGUUGGAAGGACAGGUGCAGGAAAAUCAACACUAAGUCUGGCGUUGUUUAGAAUAUUAGAACCUACUGAAGGCAAAAUUAUCAUUGACGGCAUUAAUAUAUCUGAUCUAGGUUUAUUUGAUUUGAGAAGUCAUUUGGCCAUCAUUCCUCAGGAUGCACAAGCUUUUGAAGGUACAGUAAAGACCAAUUUGGAUCCUUUUAAUCGUUACUCGGAGGACGAACUUAAGAAGGCCGUUGAACUAGCACAUUUAAAGCCUCAUUUGGAGAAAAUGCUUGAAAAUGAACCAAGUGAUAGUGAAGAAAGUUGCGACAUUAAAGAUAUCCUGGAUGUCAAGAUUAAUGAGAAUGGUAGUAAUUUGUCAGUAGGACAAAGACAGCUACUAUGUCUGGCAAGAGCGCUGCUGAACCGCUCCAAAAUACUGGUACUUGAUGAAGCAACAGCUUCUAUAGAUAUGGAAACAGACAAAAUCAUUCAAGAUACCAUCAGAAGAGAAUUUAAGGACCGUACGAUUUUAACGAUUGCGCAUCGUAUUGACACUGUUUUGGAUAGUGAUAAAAUCAUUGUUCUUGAUGAGGGCAGUGUGAAAGAAUUCGACUCACCCUCAAAACUACUAUCCAAUAAAGCAUCCAUAUUUUACAGCCUCUGUGAGAAAGGUGGGUAUUUGAAACAAUAA